AUGCUUGCUACCGUCCUGUUGCUUGCUCUGCCGUUCAGCAGCGCAGAGUCAGCAUCCAGUUAUGCAGGAUCAACCGUCGUCGAUUCUUAUCCUCCCCCCGGUGCCACCAACACUGCUGUUGACGCUUACUUCCCAGAUGCAUCUCAAGUCGGUUAUGCAGGUCCAACGCCUACUGGUGCUGAACCUGCGGCCAUUGUCACUGCCAUCCCGUUCUCUAAGGUCGAAAACAUAUUUCCCUUGUCGAGGCCGAACUCGGCAGAUGGCAUAGACAGCACUUUUAAUGUGACGCGUCACUGGGGAAACUUGUCGCCCAUGUACUCCGUAGAGUCAUUUGGUCUUCCUGAUGCAUCCCCCAUCAUUCCAGAAGGGUGUGGUCUCAAUGCGGUGCAUCUUUUGAUGCGCCACGGCGCCCGCUAUCCAACUUCUGGCUCCGGACCUUCUAAGUUCGCCUCUGACAUUCAUGCUGCUGCACUGAAAGAAGGCUUCAGCGUCACUGGUGAUUUGGAAUUCUUGGCAACCUGGACAUAUAAGUUGGGUGCGGAGAUCUUGACGCCUUUUGGCCGCGAAUCGGUCUUUAGCAACGGGGUUGCCUUUCGCUACAGAUAUGGCCAGUUGCUUAAUGCCUUCACGGACCUCCCAGUAUUCCGUACUACUUCUGAAGAUCGCAUGGUGGAUUCUGCCCUGAACUUUGCUGCAGGCUUUUUUGAAAUCAGAACUUACGAGACCGACUAUCACCAGGAGAUCAUCAUUGAGGAAAACAAAUACAACAACACCCUCGCUCCUUAUGAAGUGUGUCCCAACGCCAAUUCGGAGGAUAUCGGUUACUUCGGUGGCACUGAGGCCGGUAAAUGGGCGGAUAUCUAUCUCAAAGAUGCUCAAACGCGCUUGCAACCAAUGAUCCAAGGAUUUAAUUUGACCAUCUCACUAUUGGUUGACAUGCAAGAACUGUGCGCCUAUGAGACGGUGGCCCUCGGAUAUUCCAAGUUUUGCGACCUUUUCACUGAGCAAGAAUGGGAAGGAUUCGAGUACUACAUCGAUCUUGAGUUCUGGUACAGCUAUGGACCAGGCAAUCCAACAGCUGCAGCGCAGGGCCUUGGCUAUGUUCAGGAGCUAGUGUCGCGUCUCACUCACAUUCCCAUCAAUGUCUGGAACAGCAGCACCAACAGCACUCUUGACUCGAGCAACAUCACAUUCCCUCUUAAUCAACCUAUAUAUGUGGACGCUACCCACGACGUGGUCAUCUCCAGCAUCGUCACUGCUUUGAACUUUACCAGUCUAGCUGCGACUGGCCCUCUGCCAACCGACCAUAUACCCCCUCGCCGUUCUUACAUUUCUAGCCAGAUCGCACCUUUUUCCAGCCAGCUUGUAGCGCAGGUGCUCAGUUGCCCAGCCUCAGAGGAACCAACUCAUAUCCGGUUCCUUCUGAACGAUGGCGUGGUACCACUGACGGGCAUUCAUGGUUGUACAGAAGAUUCGAACGGUCUCUGUGUGCUGCCCAGCUUUAUCAGCGGAACGCAUGAAAGAAUCGGGCAGAUCAAUUACGCGCAUGAUUGCUUCGCCAAUUAUACCAUACCCAAUCCCGACAACAUCAUUGAUGGAAGAUACCCCAGUUAAAAGGAUGAAUUAGUAUUUGGUUGUAUGCACCCACAAGUUGACAUCUUUUGGAUAACGUUUAUGAUGUCGAGAAAAGGUAAACGACGCGCAUUUUGUACCAAUCCGUUUUUGACCGACAGAUUUUGUUGUUACAUGUACUAUGAUGUGUUAUAUACUGUUGCGCAGAGGGACUGCUUCCCACCAUCAGAAUGACAUGUCCGAAUAAAAGCGCA